UGGUCUUUCCAGUACUGACAGCUUCUGUCAUUGUCCGUCCACAAUUCCUUUCUCCAGCUCUAAAGAUGCUGCUGCUGCUCCUCCUGCUGCUGUCAUUUACUGAUGACAGUCAGACUCAGCGUGUGUGGGGUUUGAAGAAAAAUGGCUCGUGCGUGUGCGCAGUAAACUCCAACAUUUGGUCAUUCCCUGUUAUGAAGUACGAGGCUGUGAUGCAGCAGGUUCUGUCCUGUGAAGGUUCUUUAAACAACUUGCAGGAGCAGGUGAGAUUGUCUCAUCAGCGUCUCCCUCAGGUCCAGGCUCUGCUUACGAAUAUAACAGCUCGGCUGCAGCCUUACCAGCACUUGCACUACCAGGGUCUGUACACUGACUUGUCUUUGCGAAUGCUGGGAGAGGAGCUGAUCCAGCUGGAGUCAGACGUCAGCGCCAUCCACAGCAAGUUAAACAACGACCUAACACAGAAACUCUCUAAAGAGGUGGGUAAAUUUCGCAAGGAUAUAGACAAGAUGACAAUGUCAGACACCAUUAACAUGAAGACUGUCAAAGAGAAACUGCGCUACCUGAAGAACAGUGCUGAGUCCUGCAAGUCAAUCCCCCAAGACUUCAAAGGCCGGGAAAGGUACUGCCUUAAAGGUCUGAUGACCAACAUCAGUGAACCUGUCACUACUAAGAUCAGUCCCAAUGGAAAGAGCUUAAUCUCUGGUUCAUGGGGCAAACAGGCGAAGAUGGACAGUGAUGAGCAGAAGAACAGCUAUUGGGUUCAGUCUCUGAUCAACAGCAACAUCUGGGGAAACACUCUGCGCUUAUAUGAAAGCUAUGAUGACUUUAUGGCCUCUGUCAACCACAAGGAUUUUCCCUUUGCUCCAGCAUUCAGCCAUGCCAAUGCUAUUGAGGGUCCCAGUGCUGUCCUAUAUGGUGAAGCGCUGUACUAUCAUUGUUACCGCUCUAUAGAUGUUUGCCGCUACGACCUCCUGACCAGCAAGGUCAAUCGGGUAACUCUUCCAGGCAACGAAGUGGGUUUUAACAACAAGUUCCCUUAUUGUUACUAUGACUGUCGUGCCAACAGUGAUGUGGAUGUGGAGGCAGAUGAGACAGGACUAUGGGCCAUCUAUGCCACCGUUGGUAACCAUGGUAACCUCGUGGUGAGCCGGCUAGUUUGGGACAGUGAAGGUGAAACACUCAAUGUCUCACAGACAUGGGAAACAAGGAUUUUCAAGAAGGCAGUGAGUAAUGCUUUUAUGGCGUGCGGCGUGCUGUAUGCCACUCGUUUUGUGGACACCUACCAUGAAGAGGUUUUCUAUGCUUUCGACACUGCAACAGGCAGAGAGGACAACACACUCAAACUGUCAUUGGAAAAGGUGGUUAAUGGAGUAGCUAGUCUGAGCUACAACCCCACCAACAGGCAGAUCUACAUGUACAAUGAUGGAUAUCUGCUGGCCUACCAGGCCCUCUUCUGACCUGAUGCAGUUGUACUUGCUUUUUCUCAUGUUAGCCAUGUUCCUAUAACACAAGAAAGGAGCAAAGCUUGAAACAUAUCAUUUGAGAGUAUUCAAACUGUGUCAUGGGUUAGCCAAUUUCUGCAAUUGUUUAAAAGAUUAAAAGCAUUUCAUAUACUGCAUGUGUCUUUUUAAGAAGGAGUUAUGGUGUAAAUAAAUAAAAAG